AUGUUCAUACCAUACAAAAAGAAUAAAGGUUAUAAAAUCCCUGUCAUUUUUGAAUUCGGACAAUAGAAUACAAGAGUUGGAUAUGCGGGAACUGAUGGACCUGAAGUGGUUUUGCCCUCAGAUUUAUUAAUGGAUAGCGAGGGAAAUAUGAAAUUUAUUGAAUAAAAUAGUACAUACCAACCAAUUGGAUUUGAUGUUAAGAAUAUCCUGUAAGGAGGGUAGAUAGUUGAUUUUGAUAUUUGGAAAGAAUAUGUAGAACACAUACUAAAUAAUGUUUUAUUUUAAGAAAGACAUUUCCCCUUUUUCUUUGUUGAAAAUGGAAACGUAAAAAAAGAAACCAGAAAUAAAAUCAUCGAAAUGCUCUUUGAAGAAAUCGAUGUUUCUUCUGUGUUUUUCCACAGAAACACAAUGUUAGCAUAAUAUAUAGUUGGAAAAGACAAUGUAUUAGUAGUUGAUUGUGGAGCAUCUCACACUACAAUUACACCUAUAUUGGAUGGAAAUGUCAUAGAAAAGGGUAAUCUUAAUUGAAUAUAUUUAAGGCAUUUUUAGGGGAGAUAUAGGAGGUGAGUAUAUAACAAAUAAAUUAUAUGAAAUUUGGAAAUAGUAAGGAUUGCCAUUUUCUAGAUUUAAAAAUUAUAGUCAACUCUCGCCUUCUCUUUAAAUGUAUGGAGAUUUGGAAGUAGUUAGAGAAAUUAAGCAUCAGUGUGCUAAACUGUAUGAUUAGCCCAUAGAGAAUUUGUAAUUAUUUGUACUGACUAAUUUAUAGAAAAUUUAAUCCAACUGUUGAUAAUUACGCUUAUGAAUUGCCAGAUCAAACUAAAUUGUUAAUAUCUGAAGAAAUGUACAAGUAUCCAGAAUUUCUAUAUGAACCAACUGAAUUUUUUGAAGGUUUGGAUAAAGCAUUGGAAACAAGUUUAGAGAAAAUUGACUCCGAUUAUAGAAAGGAACUAGUAUAGAAUGUUAUUUUGAUUGGAGGAGCUAGUUGUACAGUGAACAUGGUAGAAAGGUUUUAAAGAACUAUCAAUAACCUAAAAAUUUUUGGAUUAUCAUCAAGAAGCAAAGUGCAAACUCUCCCUAAAUUUUUUGAUCGUUAACAUGCUUCUUGGUUAGGAGCUUCAAUCGUUGCAAGUUCUUAAAUAUAUGAUCAAUGGACUUUAAAUAAAUCAGACUAUGAUGAGCACGGAUCCUCUCUAAUAGAAAAAAAGAUGUUUUAUUGA